UAUCUUAAAUGAUUUUUUUAACCUUCUAAUUAGGUAAUAACUAAAAGUGUAAUAAUACUACUAAUUUUGUAACAAACAAUAUGGUCCCUUUUUUUCUUAGUUCUUCAUAUGUCUAUAUAUAUUCAAAACUCAGACCAUCAAAUGACAAACACCAGAUUUCAUCAUCUUUUUUCCUGCAUAUUGAGUUCUGACUGAGUAAGAAAUGGAAAGAGGAGGAGGACUGGUGGUGCGGGGACGCGUAGAGAUCGAUACGAGGCAGCCAUUCGGGUCAGUGAAGGAGGCAGUCAUGUUAUUUGGAGAGAAAUUUUUGGCAGGAGAAAUUUAUGCCAAGCAACUCAAAGAGGUGCAGAGCAAGGCAAGUGGUGAACAGAACCAGUCUAAAGUUGAAUCACCAGUAACAGUAGAGCUUGAAGAAACAAAGCAAAACCUCCAGAAAAGUAAAGAAGAAGGAACAUUCAUGGCGCAUUGCCUUCAAUCUUUAAAAGAAGAGCUAGAACUAACAAAAAGAGAGAUACAGCAAUUGAAGACAAGAGAACUGAAGCAGAAAGUACCGUUGGCGCUGGAUAAUCCUGAGAUUGAUGAAGAGCUCAAAUUCAUCGAGAACCCGUCAUCUAAAGUUGAAGCCAGAACACAGUUUCAAGAGGAAGAUGACAAUGAGAUAGAGUUCAAGACAAAGAGGUCUGUUAAAUUUGCUAGUACACCUUUACUCACUAGGAUCAUUGUCAGCAAAGAUCAUGUAAAUAAAGAAAUGGAGACUAGUCCUUCACAACUUAAGAAGAAAAUGAAAAGGAAAAUGAGGCCCUUAAUCCCUUUGAUUAGUGGAUUGUUUUCCAAGAAGAAGGGAAAUCAAGAACACUAAUAUUCAUACAAACGGUUCGAGCUCUGGAUAUGGAGUCAUCUUUGUUAAGGAGAAUUUUACCGCCAUUGUGGGACUUCCCAUCAAAAAUCCAAAUAUAGUCACUGAUCCCAAUACAGAUACUAGGCGGGAAACCAAAAAAAAAACCACAAAAGCCAUGUUAAGUUUGAAUUUAGAAUAAGGAUAAUGGUAGAGGUCUCAAGAAAAGAUUUUUACCAUUGAAUAAUUGGUUGUUACUCUAAGUUUUCUGUUUAUUAGGGAAUGUGUUGGUUCAUUUGUUUUAUAAUCAAGACAAAGAGUGCCUGUAAAUUAGUUCAAUAUUCUUUAAAUAUGCAUAAUUGUACACAUUGAAUAUGUAUACAACAACAACAUACCAAGUGCAAUUACACAAGUGGGGUAUGUUGUUGAUGUAUAUAUGUGAAUUGAGAAGAUGAUCAACAUAUUCUUGUUCAUUUGUUGUGUAUCAAAUUUGAUGAUUUCCUCUGGCAAAUACUCGAAUAGACUAUCAUUUUC